GAUGUAUAUCUAUGUUUUUCUUCAAGGAUUACUGUAAAUGCUAUCCCAGUGUGGUUCUGAGCAUAUUUGUUUGAUUUCUUAAAUCUAAAACACAGGAGUGAAACUUUAUAGGAAGACUCUGUUACCAGCUUCCUUGCAUUGAUAACAGCCUCAGCCACCCCACGUCCACCCUCUGUCCUGGACGUAUGGUGUACUGAUGCACUCCGAUCCUCACCAACAUCUUGGCCACCUAUAACUACUUAAAGCAUGAACAAACAAAAUGCUCAAAUGAAUGCUCCUCACCCAGGAACACAUUUACCAGCUGGGUAUCCCCCUGAAUAUCCUUCGGCAGCAUAUCCAGGACCUCCAGGAUCUACUGGGUACCCUGCUCCCCAGCUUGGCUACCCUGCUCCCCAGCCUGACUACCCUGCUCCCCAGCCUGGCUACCCUGCUCCCCAGCCUGGCUAUUCAGUCUCACCAGCUGGCUAUUCAGGUGGUGGCCCAGUCGGCUUUCCUGUCCAACACCAGCCAAUGUCUUAUCAGUCAGGUGGGCCUGCAGGGGUACCGUGGAUGCCAGCACCACCACCUCCAUCAAACUGUCCACCUGGAUUGGAAUAUUUAAGUCAGAUAGAUCAACUAUUGAUUCAUCAACAAAUCGAACUUCUAGAAGUCCUAACAGGUUUUGAAACUAGUAACAAAUAUGAAAUUAAGAACAGCCUUGGACAGAGGAUUUACUUUGCAGCAGAGGAUACUGAUUGCUGUACCCGAAAUUGCUGUGGGCCUUCUAGGCCUUUUACCAUGAGGAUUCUUGAUAACAUGGGCCGAGAGGUCAUAACUCUGGAGAGACCACUAAGGUGUACCAGCUGUUGUUUCCCCUGCUGCCUGCAGGAGAUAGAAGUCCACGCUCCUCCUGGUGUACCCAUAGGUUAUGUUAAUCAGACCUGGGACCUAUGCCUGCCAAAGUUUACAGUUCAAAAUGAGAGGAGAGAAGAUGUUCUGAAAAUUACUGGCCCAUGUAUUGUCUGCAGCUGUUGUGCAGAUGUUGAUUUUGAGAUUAAAUCUCUUGAUGAUAAAUAUGUGGUUGGCAAGAUUUCCAAACAGUGGACUGGCCUUGUGAGAGAGUUAUUUACAGACGUCGAUAACUUUGGCAUCCAGUUCCCCUUAGACCUUGAUGUGAAAAUGAAAGCUGUCAUGCUUGGUGCCUGUUUCCUCAUUGACUUCAUGUUUUUUGAAAACACUAGAGGUGAAUAGAGAUCAGGAGUGUGGUAAUGGAUGAAUGAAAGUCUCCUCAGAAAAUUUAAGGUCCAUAUAUUGACUGGGACUAUGUAAAAGAAAAACACAGUGGAUUUUUUUUUCUUUAUUUAAAUGACUUAUUAUAGCAUAUGUUAAUUACACUGUGAUACCUGAAGCUCCAGGUAUAUGAUCCUAUAUGAUUUUUACUUUUCAAAGUAAAGAGCUUGUUUUCUGUAUCACUUGCUUAUAAAUUUUUUAUACAUUUUUUUCUGUACAUUUUCUUUUUCAUUGUGUAUUGUGGAGAAAGGAUAUAGACAUUUUUAUAUUCAAAUAUAAAUUCCUAUGAUGAAUUGCUUUGAAUUACAGUCUUUGCUUUAUUUUCAAUUUGUAUAGCAAAAUUAAUUAAAACCUUUAAAAAGUAAUUUUAAUAUAAACUUAUAUACUUUUUAAUUAAAUCUAGUUACAAUUUAUUUCAUUUGUAACAACUAAUUAUUUUGCAAAUACUACAUAUUCAUAAAAGUUAAAAAUGAACAAAUUCAGUGUUCUUUAUAAUUAUGUUCAAUAUUCAUAUUAUCAAAGAAAAGUAAAAUGUAUUUGUUUUUUGUUGAGAAAAUCACAUGGUAUUUAACUUCUCCUGUAAGCUAAUCUGCAACUAGAAAUAAUAUUUUCAUAUUGACAAGACUAUAAAUUACCAAUUUUGCUGAUGAUUUUUCAUGAAGAAAAUGAUUCUGUCCCAAAGAGAGACACAUUUAAAGACUCACUCACUCUAUAACUGGGAUAUUGUUAUAAUUUUUGGAGUAAUUAUUUACACAUAGAAUGGUUAGCUCCUGUAUCUGUCAUUCAUGGAACAUCAUAGUUGUCAGAACACUCAGGUGUUAAUUAAAUAGAACAUAUGUAUCAGUCUGAGUAUAAAUGUCUAUAAUGAUCUAUUAGAUUAUUUUUACCAACAAUCAAAUAACUAAAAUAAAAAAUUGCUGAUAUA